AUGGAUAUAUCAAAAACACCUUCUCCAACAAGCGGGAACGGUAAAGCUCAAUUAAAUCAAAUUCUUUCAAAAGAUGGUAAUAUAAGUACAAAUGAUUCCAAAUCAAAUAUAACACCACGUUCUUCAACUCGUCAUUCAAUAUCAUUCAUCAAUAAUAGAUCAAAUAGUUCCAGUUUUAAUUCCCCCAAGAUUACAAAAGAACGUAGAAGUUCAUCAUUUGCAUCACCUUCAUCAUCAUUUGCAAGACGUCGUUCUUUCCUUUCUCCAUCAAUGAUUAAUAAUGAAACUCAUCAAAGUUAUGAAUUAAAUUCAAGUAUUGGUUCAUCUUCUUUUUAUUAUCAAAAUAAUGUACCAAGUUUUUCAAUUUCUUUAAAAGAAUCUCAAGGUUUUUGUUGGAACCAGGAUUUAUUUGCUUCACAAUAUCAACAACAAUCAAAUAAUGUAUUUGAAGAUAGUGAAGAUGAAGAUGAGAAUGGAAAUGAAAAUGAAAAUCAACAUGGAGAGCAAGAAGAUCAAGAUGAUUAUGAUACAACAAAUCAUGAGGAUCGUAAUAUAAAUCAUAGAUAUUCAAAUGGUGGUAGAUCAUUAAGUAUGAGUAAUGAAAAUCAAACUUAUAAAGUACGAGUUAUUGAUAUUAAAAUUGAUGAUGAUGAACAAGUUCUACGAUGA